UGUCGUGUGAUCAGCUGUGUCCAAUCACAGCUGAAGCAUCUCCAUCAGUGUCACCUGUCAGUGUCCAUCAAUGUCAGAUGCCAGUGCUCAUCAAUGCCACCUGCCAGUGCCCAUCAAUGUCACAUCAAUGCCACAUAUCAGUGCCUACCAGUGCACAUCAAUGCCACAUAUCAGUGCCCAUCUGAGCUGCCUUUCAGUGCCACCUAUCAGUGCCAGUCAGUGCCACCUAUCAGUGCUGCAAAUCAGUGCCAGUCAGUGCCGCAUAUCAGUGUGCAUCAGUGCCGCCUAUCAGUAUGCAACAGUGCUGCCUAUCAGUGCCGCCUAACAGUGCAAGGCUGUGCCACCUAACAGUUCCAGUCAGUGAUGCCUAUCAG